CCCCGUCGGAUGUAAACGUAUUGUUAUGACAAAAUGCGAAUAAAACGUUUCUCGUGGGGUUUUCCGAUUUUUGGAUAAAACGAAGGUGCUUUGUGGCAUGAUAUCUCUUUCUCUGUUUUCGUUUUCGAUUCAAUAAACGCCCACGGUACGCGUUGGAUGCAAACUGUUGAAUGUGUUUUGGGCUUAACCUAAACGAAAUCUGGUACACCGAAUUCCGCGCGACACAACAAAGCCGUGUGUUGUAUUCAUUCUGGAAUAGCAUUCUUCCUUCCUCGAUUGACAAAUCUUACAAACUCAAGCAAAGAUUAUUGGGACAUCAGGUGUCAAUAAUGGCAGAUGAACAGCAACAAUUUUUUCUUAAAUGGAAUGAUUUCCAAUCUAAUAUGGUAUCGUCGUUUAAACAUUUACGAGAUGAAAAAAGUUUCACGGAUGUGACGUUAGCUUGCGAUGGUCAGACCUGUAAAGCACAUAAGAUGGUGUUGUCUGCCUGUAGUCCUUAUUUUAAGUCUUUAUUAGAGGAAAAUCCGUCCAAACAUCCCAUUAUUAUUCUAAAAGAUGUAGCGUACAGCCACCUCCAAGCUAUUUUGGAAUUCAUGUAUGCAGGAGAGGUUAAUGUUUCGCAGGAUCAAUUGCCUGCGUUUCUUAAAACUGCCGACCGACUCAAAGUUAAGGGGUUAGCAGAAGCACCAGGUGCCAUUAAGAGAGAGGGUUAAAAAUUGCACUUAUAGUUAUGGAUUUUGGGAAGCGUGCGGACUGAAAAAAAGAGUGUAAUAAUGUAAAGUGAUCGCGUAAAGACAUAUACCACACACUAUAAGAACACACGCUAUGCGUGCACAACUCAGUGUCCUCUGGUUCAUGACUUGGAUCAACACACGGCGACAAUGUAAAUUAUGCCUUUUCUUAAUCUCAGUUAAUGUUAACGUUGUAUUGAAUGUAUGUAUACAAAUAUGGUAGAGAUGAAAUGUUGAUGUUUGUCUUGAAUCCAUUGCGCCAUAACGCGGUGGCGGCAAUAACAUUGAUUAUUUUUUUAAAACAAAGUGCUGCAAAAAAAAAACUAAUAAGUGGGUCACGAUAGUUUACAAUACAUGCUGACCGUGGCAGUUUUGUGGAUCAAACGGAAAUGUUAACAAACAUCUUUACGACUACCUGUUUUUUAAAAUGGAUCUACCGACUCGCUAUACUUUCAUAUCGGUGGUUUCAUGGUAGAUCUAUUCGCAAGGUAUCGAAAUUUCUGGAAUCCGUACCAAAUGCUAGCCGAGCCAAAUAUUUUUUUAUCGCUUCUCUUAUCAAUCGAGAAUCGGACAAUUUUAUUUUGCAAUCGUUUUCAGAGAACGAAAUGAACAAGGGUUGUUAUUUCGUGCUAUUUACUUUUUAUUCUUUUUCUAUAAGGUUUUGCCGAUACAGUCGGUCGAAUAAUACCGUCAUUGUUUACUGACAGAUUUAUUGGUAUCGAUUCGCACGAAAUUUGGAUCGUAUCGUGAUUAGAUCUGCAACACCCCCGGUAAUCACUUUGAAGAAUGUUAAAUCAAGUUUACUGGAAGUUGUAACAUGCGUGUCAUGUGUUGCUCUCUUUUGUUGUCCACGUUGUUUUGGUAAAUCGUGUCGUUUCUCUCUGUGGAGUGUUCGCAAUCGGAACGGAAGAAAAUGAUUUCACACGUUUAAAAUCUUCUCCGAUACCGGUUACUUCUUCUAGUGAUCAUGAUUUUUUACUUAACCAAAUACUGCCAGUAUUUGUACCGGCGUAUUCACAAUAUUACCGAUAGACCAAAUUUAUUUAUGAUAAUAAUAUAUUAAGGGUUGAAUGUCUUAAAUCGAGGGAAGGUUAUUGUAAUAUAAGCAAAGCAAAUUUUUGUAAAGUCGGAGCGCACAGUUCCUUUCCCCUCCCAAAGAAUCAGGAUAAUCAGAGAGGUUUGCAUACAAAACAAAAUGUCAGGAAACAUUAUCGAGUCAAGAACAUGCAUUAACGCUCGAUUUACGCAAGCCAUCCUAUUAUUUAUUAUAUACAAAAAUUUGUCCAAAAUCCUUUUUUUAUAUUCUCAUUUUUCGAAAGUAUCGACGUUUCGUGCGAGCUUGCAGACCAUAUUGUCUUUCCCUUCACUUUUCUUUCACUUUUUCGAGUAGAACACAAAUUUUCAUUCUUGACUCUAUUCACAUUUUCUCGCGCAAUGAAUCGUUUUAUUCUUCGAUCGAAAUCACUUUCAGCGCAACUCACGAUUCCCGCGAAUCUCGAAUAUUAUUAUUACGUCCGAUGCGAUGGAUAUGUUUUCUUCUACCAUGUGUAUCACGGUAUCUGUACUCGUCAAUUUAACGAGCACGAGUUGUUCUACGACACCGAACGUCAAUUUACCGUUGCCGAUUCCGUGUCCUAGACUUCGAGAACACCUUGGAAACAAAUCAACGGUGAACAGGAAUUUUUUUUUGUAGCGUAGCUUUUAUUUAAUUUUGCGUCGGAUGUUCUUGUGAAUAACAUCGUGAUUGUACGAUUAUUAGAAAGCAGCGAGUUUUAAAUAAAAAAAAAAAAGAAAGAAAGAAUCGCCCCUUGUCGUCGCAAGGUUUGAACGAGUCUAAUAACAACCGUUGUUGCAACUAAGAAUGACGAAUGUACGAAAUGGGACCAGCAGCAACUAAAUCGUCAUGGUAAUUGGAAUUGACUUUAUCAAUUUUCGUUAAGAGCCAGGUAUAGCGAGUCAGAAAUAUUCUUUCUACCUCCACUGGUGAUUUAAACUGUUAAUAUCCUUCUAGGACAAACAGGAUCCUCGUAGAUAAAAAUCUACACUGUAUCGAGCUUUUUAAAAAAUAAUAGUACGAUACAACGAGAAUAGGAAUUUAAAUAAAACGUGAACAAACGCUCACGUACUUAUAUUCAUACGGUGAAUACUGAACAGAAUCAGCAUUUUAAUAGUCUAUACUUUGUUGUGCCAUGUUUUUUGUUGUACCGAGUUGUUAUUUUUCAUAGAAGCUUAUACGGUGUAUAUAUACACGAGGAUCCCGCAACAUUUUAGUAUAUAAGUUUGAAGUUAACAACGGAGGUAGCAGAAAUAUUUCCAUCGACUCGCUCGGUACACACGUUUCUUUUUGUCCAGCGAAACACGUUUCCAACGCGUAUCAAUUUUUACUCGUUUACUUUUUUACGAGCAAAAACGUAAAGUUAAAAGUAGAGUCUUCACAGUCAUCCGAUAGCAAGUCAUGCAGAUAUGAGAAAGAAAAAAAAAAGGAAAAAAUGAAAGAAAUGACGAUCCGUGUCUAUUCUCAGUAUUUAAGACAGCCUUUAACGUUAAGACGGUUGGGUUCAGUUCCUACAAUGACACGUUUAUCGGGCAUUUGGUGGUUGAUAUGCGAAUUGUACCGUGUGUAUUUGCUGAACUGCAAAGUUGAGAUAUAUACAUUUUAGAGUAGAGUAAAAAAAGUGUUAUACGAGUGAUCGAUUCGAGAUAAGUUCGCAAACUUGUUGAUAAGCCUUCCUCACACGUUCUCCCCUCCCAUCUUCCCGUUUUGCGUGCGUUAUUUUUUUUUUUUUUUAGUCCCUUUUAUCUGGACCGAUCAGCGAGAUCUAUUGGUUUGCCGAAGUUGUUAUCGACGAAUCUCUCAUUCCUUAUUUUGUACGCGAAAUUCUAUAACGUCCUCCCCCUCCUCAACCCCUCUCCUUUUUUUUGAACGACAAUAUAUCAUUACUUUUUCUAAUUAUUAUGACUCGAUGAUGAUUACGAUUACAAUAUGACGAUGUUGAGAUAUGAAAUAAAUUGUGUAAAUAUA